CUCAGAUCCAAUCACAAUCAUGAGGCGAUCAUCUCCAUUGAUCGCAAAUUGGAUGGAGCGGUUAGUCAAAUUCGUGAGGAAGUGGGAGUGCAGAUCAGGAAGCAAUUACAAGGGUUUAUAGUGAUGUUUGCUCGUUAACACUCGGUAAGUCUAUCCCCCGAUUUUCCUCAUAGAGAAAGAGUAGAACCAAUUCUUCCCACUCACAAGAUGAGUUAGAGGAGGCUAGAUACAUCUGAAAUGGGGGAGGAACCGAUGGGAAUGGGAGAAAAUGUAAAAGGAAGAAGGCAGGGAAUAAUUGGGGGUCAAGGCCACACGGGAAUUCCUAUGCCCAAAUUGGAUAAUCCCAUGUUUGACGGUAACACCCCUAGAUGGUGGAUUAGAAGGUGUGAAAGAGCCUUUGAAUGGUAUGGGGUACCGGAGCAACAAAGGGUGGCUUUAGCUGCAGCUUACCUCAAUGAUGCCGGGGAUGAUUGGUAUCAAGGAUGGGCUAAAGUGAAAGAGGAGUGCCAUUGGGCUAAGUUCGUGGAGGAAUUAUGUGAGAGGUUCGGAGAAAGAGGGAUGACUGAUGUAGUAGAAGAAUUCAACAAGAUUCGACAAGGGGGGAUCAGUGGCAGAUUAUUAGAGGAGGUUUGAGUGAGGAGUUAAAGGCAUUGAUGCUCAACCACUAUCCUUACCUCAUAGAGGCUUAUUUUGUCUCGAGCUUUAUAAGUGGAUUGAGUGAAGAAUUAAGACCUAUGGUGAAGGUCUUACAACCAAAGACCCUCAAGCAUGCCAUUGACGGUGCAAGGUUACAUGAGCUGAUAGUGGAAGCACUUAUGAAGAAGCAGAGGCUGAUGAAUAGGGGAGGAACACACAAUGUGUUGACCCUCAUUGGAAAGAAUCAAGGAAGGGAGGCUUUCAGGGGAGUGCAAGAGAUGAAGAGCUUACCCUUUCUGGGCUCUAAAUUACAAGGGGAUAGGCUGAUGGAGGAAAGGAGGCAGGCUAACCUUUGCUUCAAAUGUGGGGAUAGGUAUUUCCCCGAGCAUCAAUGCAAGAAGCAACUGCUUCUAGUGGAAGGCGAAGAGGAGAAUGUGGAAGAAGAGGAAGUAAUGGAAAUACCUGACAAAGGAGAGAAAGAUAAUGGUGAGAUUUCAUUGCAUGCUUUGAGGGGAUUGGCCAAUAAUAAGAUCAUUAAGGUGGAAGGGAGAGUGGGAGAAUACAAGUUAAUAAUUCUCAUAGACAGUGGGAGUACCCACAAUUUAUUGGAUGAAGGAACUGCUAAAAGGUUGAAGUGUCCCCUAAUCAGUACACAACCUCUCACAGUGAUUGUAGCAAACAGGAGUAAAGUGGUGAGUAGAUCAGCCUGUGCGGGUUUCUGUUGGGCAAUGCAAGGAGAGAAUUUCGAGAUUGACCUCAGACUGCUCAAAUUGGGGGGAUGUGAAGUGGUUUUAGGUGUGGAUUGGAUGAAGCAUAUGAGUCCCAUAUGCUUUGAUUUCAAUAGGAUGGAGGUGACGUUUGAAAAAGAGGGAAGAAGAAUGACAUUAGUGGGCAGCAAAGAAGUGGGAAUGUGUAAGUUGAUUACAGGAAAAAGGCUGCAGAGGGAUACUCAAGCAAAAAAUGAGCAAUGUGGCUCAGCUCUUCUCUAUCCAAGCACUCGAAGAAGAAGAGGGGAAACCAGAAGCAAAGAGUGAGCUGAUGCUGGUUGUCAGCAGUCCAUCCCAACAGACAUGGGAGGUAAACCAACUUGACUUAAUUUACUUUUGGUUGAAUAUAAGGAUCUAUUUAAAGAGCCUAAAACCUUACCUCCACCCCGAACCCACGACCACUCCAUCAUCCUAAAACCUUAAUCGGAACCCUAUAAUACCCGAGCCUAUCAUGACCCCCCAGCAUAGAAAACAUAAAUAGAGAAUGGUCAAAGAAAUGUUGCAACACUCUCUCAUUCAGCCCAACCAUAGCCCCUUUGCAUCCCCUGUGCUAUUAGUAAAAAAGAAAGACUAUUCAUGGCGCUUCUGUGUGGAUUACCAUCAAUUGAAUGCCAUGACUGUCAAAGAUAAAUUUCCCAUUCCCCUCAUUGAAGAUCUCCUAGAUGAACUGAGGGAUGCCACCAUUUUUUCUAAACUGGAUCUUAGGGCAGGCUAUCACCAAAUUAGAAUGAACCCACAAGACAUCCCUAAAACAACAUUUCGAACCCACCAAGGCCAUUACGAAUUCUUAGUAAUACCCUUUGGCUGUACCAACGCCUUAGCUACCUUCCAAUCUUUAAUGAACUAGAUAUUUGAAUCGCACCUAAGGAGCUUUAUCCUUGUAUUCUUCAAUGACA